CUGCAGAACCCUGCAAUGGCACGUUCCGGCGUCGCACACCUUAGCAAGACAGAAGCAUUUGCUUGCGCUCAGCUCAACGUGUUCCACUUGUAUUCCCUUCCUGCAGUACAUAGGGCAAAGGAAACUGAGAAAAGUCCACAGAGGACACGUACGUGGGGUAUUCUACGUCCGGAUGUACUCCAACUCCGCCUCCUUUCUUCCCAGUGCACAGGCCAGCCAGGGGAAUCCACCACACGGACCUACUACAAUCCACAAACAGACAGCCUCAGCGCAUGCGCAACUUUACUGCUUCUACUUCCUCGUUCCGAUCGCAGACAGGUUUCCAUUGGAGCUUUCCGCAGAAUAACCAAAGUUAAGGCGGCCAUCUUUAUCCAGGGCAAGGCGAUGGACACUUCAUCAGGAUCAACACAACUGAAGACGGGUUCAGAAGUAAUACAAAACAGAGUUUUGAGUGAAAAGGACUGGAAAGACAAAUGGGAGGCGAAGAAUAUAGGAUUUCAUGAAAGUAAUGUACAUGAGUUUUUAUCAGAGUUCGUAGAAGAAAUGGUGAACACGAGAGCACAAAUCCGUAUCUUUUUUCCUCUUUGUGGAAAAGCCGUGGAUAUGAAAUGGUUAGCUGACAUGGGACACAGCAUUGUUGGAGUUGAUGUGUCUGAAAAAGGAUUAAAGGAAUUUUUUGAUGAACAAAACAUUCCUUAUGUUGAAGAAACUGUGCCUGAGAUUCCUGGUGCUAAGGUGUUUAAGAGCUCAACUGGUAACAUUUCACUGUACUGCUGCAAUAUGUUUGACUUAUCAAGCUCAAUCAUUGGAAAGUUUGGUGGAAUUUGGGACAGAGGAGCCAUGGUUGCUAUCAAUCCCCGGGACAGGGAACGUUAUACAAAGUUGAUAUUGACAUUAAUGGAAAAUGACUGCCGGUAUCUACUGGUUACAGUUGUGUAUGAUCCUAAACUGGUUCAAGGGCCUCCAUUUUACAUAUCGGAUACAGUAAGAGAAAGCUUGCUUGGUCAAUCGUGUAAUGUGAAGUUUUUGAAGAGUAUUAAUACUUUCACCGACAGGCAGAAAGGAUGGGGACUUGAUUAUUACAACGAUAAUCUAUAUCUAGUUACACUAAAAUCCAGUUCCUGAUUGGACAAAUAAAGCCUGCAGGAGAAAGCCAAAGCCACUCACUUUUACUAGAUUUUUUCCCAGGCACUUUAUUCAUUUACCUUAAUAAAUUCUGCCUGGGUUUUUAAUGGGAUGAUAUUUUAAUCAUUCCUUAUAAGACAGAAAAACAUUAGUAUUUUCUUCCAUCUUGAAUAUCUUUUGAGCGUUCAGGUUAAACUUUAAAUACUUGAUAAGCAAAUAACAGCAUACCUGUAUUGCAAAUUGUUUGACUAAAAGGGGAAAUUUCCCUAACUUAUUGUUUAAUAAACCUGGUUUUCUUUUCCA